CCACCAGUACCCCCCUCUUCCUUUCGCUCAAUCGUGGCCCAUCUAGACCAAAGCGUCAAGACAGCUCACGACAUGGCGGAACUAAUUCUUACUGCGUGUCGAGUGGGGCGCAGCCCCAGGGGCUGCCCAGCCCCCAGCGCUGGCCGCGCCAGGCGUGCAACCUACAGAGCGGGGCGCGGCAAAUGGGGCAACUUCGCCCAUGCCUGCUGGGCCCAGCACAACGUCUAAUUUCAAUGAGAACGGACAGCGGCAGGUCACUCCCUACAGGGCAGUUUUUAAUACAUAGGCUGGUAACUGGUGGAUGGUCAUGGGGCACGCGGGCGGCCCCCGAGGGCCCACAUCCACAGGAAGGCCGCCAGCCGAACAGGACCAGAGCGUCGGAGGUCUGGGUGCGUGGCCGCCUCGGCUGCCCCGCUGCGCGCGGCCCACAGCCCGCAGCGUGCCGACACGGAGCUCCACACGUACGGACUGAGUAAUUACGUCUGGGAAUGUGGGCCAACACGGUGAGUCUCGAGCACGGCACGUGCCGCGCACCAGAACGGGCGCGCACCGAGGCAGCGAAGCACAUGGCCCGACCGUCGGAGGCGUCCGGGUGCCCAGCCCCUCCGCCGCCGAGCGAUGCCGAGUCCGCGCACGCGGGGGGGGGGGAGCGGGCCCCGAGCAGCGCUGCGCUGCGCGCGGCCGCGCGCAGACCGGGCACGCAGACGAGCCGCACCGAGGCACGGCUCUGUGGAGAGAGGGCCCGCCCUGCAGGCUCGGUUUUUCACAGCACCUCGUCGGGCGGCGCUGCGGCCUCCCCCCCGCAGGAGGCGAGGAUCAGGGAGACGGGGGCGGCCGCACAUGGAAAAGAAAAGCGCCCCCGCUCCGGCGGGGGGCGCCAUCCGUCAGAGCAGCUCAGACCGCCGCCAGGGACCUCGAGGUCUGCCCGGGGGCGGCGCCCCCGCGUCCCGCCGCGAGUGCGCGCCACGGUGUGCGCCCUCUCAGGAGGCUGCCACUCAGAAGGCGCCGGCCGCCUCUGUAUCAAGCCAGGGGCACGCCGCUUCUCAGAAGCACCCCGGCAGCCUCUCAGAAGCACGGGGUAGCUUCUUAGAGGCGACAGCAACUUCUCCGAAGCAAGCCACACGCUUCCUAGAAACACGCCAGGAACAGUUUUUAAUAAGCAGCCGCCAGCUUCUUGAAAAGGGCGCCUGCGCCUGCGUAGAAGGGGGGGUGCUCCUAAGAAGCCUUCCCCCCUCCCGCCCCCCCACUUAUGCGCG